CGCUUAGCGGCAGCGAGGCGCGCGCCGCCCCAGCGUGCUUUGCGCGGGGGGGAGGGGGGCGGCUUCCCGGCGUGCCUAGCGCGCGCGGAGAGGCGGGGCGGGGCGGGGCCGGCGUGAGGCGACGGCGGCGCAGCCAAGCGUAUUCAUCAUGAUUCUGCAGCAAAUACUGCGGCUUUCUUCCAUUUUUCGCUCUGCUGUUUCCAUACACUUGCGCAGGAAUAUCGGCCUCUCAGCUAUUGUUUUUAAUAAGGCAAAAGAGCUUGAUCCAGUCCAGAAGCUCUUCCUGGACAAGAUCAGAGAAUACAACACAAAGAGCAAACAGACUGGGGGGCCUGUUGAUGUAGGCCCUGAGUUUCAGAAAGAAAUGAAUGAAUCACUUGCCAGACUUCGACGGAUGUAUGGUGAGGGAGACCUAACCAAGUUUCCAGAAUUUAAAUUUGAGGAAUGUGGAGGGACUGCACCAACUCUGUCUGCCCUAUGAGAUAAGAGCCCAACUUUGAAGAGACUCCAAAGUGAUCACUGCAGGUUGUCAAACAGCAGUGUACUUCUAUGGAGGUGCUGAAUAUGACGUCAGUUGUAACUCAAUAAAUGUGUUUCAGGUUGA